GUGCUAAGCGAGCGCGGCUCUGCCGGAGCGCUGCAGGAAGUUUGUCCCUCCCGCGCCGCCGUAGCAGAUUUGUUGUUGUUGCAGCCUCGCAGCUCCAUUCAACUUAGCUUACUGGAUCAUUUUUUGAAGCGUAUUAACUGCGUUUUUAAAGGUUAUCCUGGUUAUUAUUAUUAAUUAUUAAUUUAAUUUGUAUCAUAUAAAUGUGUAUUUUUUUAUAUGGCGUUAUAGUCAGCUAAGUUAUAGUAGCUUUUGUGAUAGGGUGCAGCAUGAGGCUAUUAAUAAUGAGGCUGUGUGUUCUUAAUGGAGCCAGUGGAUCAUGUCUCUGAUCCUGUUCGCCUUUCUGGUCCGGGUCAGGGAUGGACUCCCCCUGUCAGCCUCCACAGACUUUGAACACAACCGAGAGCUCCAGGAGAGGAAGCAGCAGCUCAAAACAAUCAGCAAGUCUCUGGCCCGCUUGCCUGAUCGAGCCACCAUUAAGGGCCAGCAACUCAACAUAUACUUCGUCUCCUCAGAGGGUGUAUCCUACAUGAGCGUGUGCCACAGCAGCAUCCCUGUUGCUAAAGCCUUCUGCUUCCUGGAAGAUCUGCGGUGGGAGUUCACAGCAUGCUUCAACAGCACCGCCGUUGCUUUGGCAGCCAGGCCAUAUCCAUUUUUGGAAUUUGACAGCACUAUUCAAAAGCUGAAGCAGCAGUACAACCACCGGCAUGGUCCGGCACUAGAGGUGACGCUGGCAGAAGUCCAGGAUGAUCUGAGGAUCCAUCCACCUCAAGUAAUAGAUUUGGAUGAAGUGGAGCUCACCAAUGGCAUUGCAAAUGGGCACAUGGAGCAAGGUCCUGCAUCAGUAGGUCAGAAUCAGAGGCUUGAGCAAGUAACAGCACCAGGCAUCCUCUCUCUCGUCCUUAAUAUCCUGUGUGCAUCUUUGAAUGUGAUUCGCGGGGUGCACCUCAUAGAGUACACAUUCCAGGAUGAUCAUGAUGGGAUUUGGAAUGUUGUGUCGUUUCUUCUGGCUUUUGUCUGCUGUGCUUUCCAGUGCCACCUUUACCUGUUCCACUCAUCUCGUAAGAAACUGAAAGCCUUCGUUCUCUUGAGCAUCAUCAUCCUAUGCAACUUGUACCUGUUCGGCCCGAGGAACAUGUGGCAGCUCAUCUUCCACAUUUCCGUCGCCUCUUUUUCCACCUUUCUCAUCAUCACGCGCAAACUCCUAGACAGACCCAAUGACUGUGGGGUCUGAGGAGCUCUGGACUGUCAUUUGGCACCACUCCAGUGUUCAAGCGGGAACAUCAGGGAAUCAAAAGGAUUAAUGCAGAGACGUAAUGAAGAUUUCAUGUGGAUUUUUAACUAAAGCAACAACAACCAGAUCAAAAGACAUUUGCAAAUUUUGUGUCCCCCUGGAAAUUUCGUCCGACUUCAUACUUUCUUACAUACAUUAAAUACUUGCACUUUUUGUAAACUGUUUUCAAACCGAGAAGGAGAAUACCGUGAGAUAUACGGAGUCUUAAAAUGCUUGGUUAUCCUCAAACUUGGAAGAGGAAGAAACCCCAAGUUUUCAUGGAGAUGAAGGAGUUUUCCAGUCAGAAUUGCUGACCAAAGUUUUUCACACAGAGACAGUUUUGCAAGUGUCUUAUGUGUUCAGGCUACUUGUGAUUGAUUCUUAUUCCUAAGUCUCGGGCUCAUGCUCAAGCUUGAGCUUUUUUCGGUUUUCACAAGCCAUUGAUUAAGUUGUCAUGAUCAGUUUACAGCGUGACAAUUUGUGAUUGAAGAAAUGGAUUUAACUCUACUUUUAAGAUAGGAAAACAUCUUUUUAAAAAUUAUGACAUCGCAUUGGUAGGAGUCUUAUACAUAAAUGCUUAAGUGUAGUUUGUAUUAAUGUUUUAGUGAAACUGAAGGGAAGUGGGUAUAACUGCUUUUUAGAUUUGCCCAAAUUAGCUUCGAUUUAGCUGACUGGAGAAACAUAAUUUAUAUGAGUUUGCUGCAAAGUUGUGGCUUGUUUUAUGCCUUAUUGCUUGACAAAGCAAACAUAGUCUCAUGCUUUGGUUUAUUCAGUCACAUCGUUUUAUAGAUGGCAUUAUUUAAAGUUGGGUAGGAGAUCUUGAAAAAACAGUGAUGUUGGCCUCAUACUUGAGGAUUUUAUGAGCAAUUUCAAGAUUGCAGACAAAUUUCUGCUGUUGGGAGCAACUCGUGAGAAGUCUUGCUUGAGUUGAGGCAUGUUUCCAGUGAUCUCAGGUGGCAUUUAGAGCAAACCGAGGCAGGUUUUACGAUAAAAGCAAACAUGUCUCUAGUCUUGCCAACUGUGCCAUCCCAUGAUGCAGUUUGAGUCAGCUACCAAUUACGAGCGUUGUCCUUUGAUUUACAGAAGUAAUUUGGUUGUAGUCAUGUAAAUGGUGAGUUCACAAAGCUCCCAGUCUUAAAUCUGCGACUAAGAACUCUGGGUUUAUAGUUUUAGAUGUGACAGGGUUUCAGAUAGUUUUUUUUAAAGUUCUUGCAAAGUCAUCUAAAGUUUAGUUGCAAGAGUUAAAAAGACGAACAAUUAAACAUGACAACUGCCUCCCUUCACAAGCACAUGAAAAGGUCUAAUGACUUUGCUUGAGUCCGUCUUAAUGAUUGGUACAUGUUUUAGAGGUUUUAAUUUAAUUAAUAAUUUUUUUGUUAUGAUGAGAGAGCAUUUACUUAAUCGCAUGCAAUCUGUGUGUUAAGUAAAUUUCAGGUAAUAUAGCAAAAAGUGGUUGAGGAAAAAAAAUCUCCUACCCAACCUUUAAUGAUUUCACAGUCAUUUGGAGACGAUAUUCCUCAUGAAGGUAAUGAUUUGUCAUGUAAGUUAUGCUCAGGCUUGUUAUUUUUUUUAUUUUUUGCAUUACAUCUUCAAAUAGACAAUUUUCUAAUAUAUAUAAACAGUUUUAUUAAGUAAAGAAGUCUUUUUCUGCUGCUCUCUGCAUUGUUAAAAUGCAAACAAAUGGUAAGGGUAUGAAAGCACUGAUUUCAUGGUUAAAAAUUGUAAUUUGUUGAAAAAACUGCACUAAUGGUAAGAUUUUUUUUCACAAGAUUUAUUUUAAUUGUUUUAUGAAUGUGUUGCAUAUUGGUUUUAGCUGAAAGCAUAUUUAUAUCAUGAGCUCUUUUUAAAACAAUCUUUCUUUCUUCUGGUUUCACACCACCAUUUCCUUUUUGUAGUCCUCGGAUGAAUGCAAACUCAGAAAACUAGUUUUCCUACGUUGUAGCUACAUAAGCUACAUAAGUGAACAAAGUAUUGUUUAGGUGAUUUUUUUACAAUCUUGUUUAUAAUGUCCGAACGUUGGUUCCACCAAGUUCUCGGGUCCGGGGGUCUUUCUGUGUGGAGUUUGCAUGUUUUCCCCAGGCUUACGUGGGUUUUCUUCGGGUACUCCGGCUUCCUCCCACAGUCUAAAAACAUGCAUUAUAGGUUGAUUGAUCAUUCUAAAUUGCCCGUAGGUGUGAAUAUGCGUGUGUGGUUAUAUGUCUGUAUACGUGGCCCUCUGAUAGACUAACAACCUGUCCAGGGUGGACCCCUGCCUCCCGCUUCUAAUAAUUAAAUAGGUAUAGAAAAUGGAUGGAUGGAUGGAUGUUUCCACCAAGCAAAGAACGUCCAAUUAUCAGAUUGUUGUAAUCUAAAACAAAUGGCUACAUUUUAAUAUUGUAAUCCCUCCGUCUUUCUGAAUGUUUGAAUUUGCAAAUUAUCUAAAAUGUUUUUUUUUUCUUAAUCCAAUAAUCCAAACUUCCAUUACUCUCAUGUACAUAUUGAUAAAUUAAGCCAUUGUGCUACCUUUACCGUGCUGACUGCAGCGUUCUCUGCCAGGGUUCAAGUACAUUUUAUAAUUGUUCAUUGUAAAAUAUAGUAAAUACAACGACAUUUUCAGUUAUGAUGCAGGGUAUUUUCUGUGUCGGAUUUGGUGAUGUAAUAUCUUUAAAUCUGAAAGAUUUAAAUGGUUCACCAUUUCAGUGAUGAGGUUUAAAAAUGCAGUACAGACCAAAUGGAUUGUGAAAGAAUUAUCACGGUUUUAAAAAUGUUGAACCAAAUCAUAUGGAGGACAUUUAAAUGAAGGAUACUUGGGUUUGGUAUGAACGUUUUUUUAAAUACAGUACAAAUGCGCUGUACGAAUGAAACGUGGGAGUAAUUUAUUUUAAUCUUUGACAGACAAGCAGAAGUUGUCUUAAAGAGAAAAAUUAAGUUAAAAAAAAAUCAGAGACGUGUCGUGUCUGUUUCCUGGAACUUUUCUCUAUUAUAAUAAAAGGUCAGUAAUUUGCAUCUGAAUCAACUCAUGUAAGUUUGAUUCAGUAGUUGCUUUUUUUUUAAAUAAUGGUUUCAAUAAAAAUAAAAACAGGAUUGUGUCAUUCUCUGUGACUCCCAAAA